AUAUAGAGCCGGUGUUUCGCAAAAUAGUUUGGCAACUUUUAUUUCAUAAUGAGUGAUCUGGAAUCGCUCUCUGUAAAGGAAGAUAACUACAAGGGAAUGGGUGUGGACGACGAGGUGAAGCGUAUCGACCUCUCGGCAAAAUCCAUUGCCAACUAUGCCAAGACAAGGUUCACCGACCUUGUCCCAUCGAAGGCGAUGAUGAAGGCCAACAAACACCUCUUGAACCCGCUGCCGGGUCUCAAACUCAUCCCUGCUAGACAGUGGGUUAUGUUUUUGUCUGCUUUUUUGGCCUGGACCUGGGACGCGUACGACUUUUUCUGUGUUUCCUUGAACGCUGCUAAACUUGCCACAUACUUUGACAAGACCGUGAAACAGAUUACGUGGGGGAUCACGCUCGUGCUCAUGCUGAGAUCCGUGGGGGGGAUUGUGUUCGGCUACCUCGGCGACAGAUACGGCAGAAAAUACCCGCUCUGUGUCAACAUCCUGCUCAUGGCCGCCAUCCAGUUCGGCACCUACGGAGUCAGCACCUACCAGCAGUUUCUUGGCGUGAGAGCCAUCUUUGGCAUCAUGCUGGGUGGAAUCUACGGAAACGCCGCUGCCACCGCGCUCGAUGACUGUCCAUCCGAGGCCCGAGGCUUUAUUUCCGGACUGUUGCAGCAGGGCUACACGUUCGGCUAUCUUCUGGCCGUGGUGUUCACCAGAGUGCUCGCAGACAACGUCGACAUGGGCUGGAAGUCGCUGUUUCUGCUGGGUGGCGCGGUUUCGGUGUGUCUGUUCGCUUUCAGAUUCUCGCUCCCAGACACCAAGGCGUUUGUGCGCCAGAGAGAAAUCGAGCAGUACAACAGAGAUUGUGGCAUUCCGCAGCCAACGUUCUCGCAAAAGGCCGCCGGCGCUCUCAAGAACUACUGGGCCAUGAUCAUCUAUCUUGUGCUGCUCAUGGCCGGCUUCAACUUCAUGUCCCACGGCUCCCAGGACCUGUAUCCUACGAUGCUGACGAAGCUGUACAACUAUUCUGACGACCGGUCCACUGUGACGAACUGCGUGGCCAACAUCGGCGCUUUUGUGGGCGGUAUUGUCGUCGGCCACUUCUCCAACUUCAUCGGCAGACGUCUCUCGAUCCUCAUCUGCUGCGUCUGCGGUGCCGCGCUGUUGUACCCGUGGGCGUUCAUCAAAGGCACUGGAAUCAACGCCGGGGCCUUUUUCCUGCAGUUUUGCGUCCAAGGCGCCUGGGGUGUCAUUCCAAUCCAUCUGUCGGAGCUUGCUCCGCCAGACUUCCGUUCGUUUGUUGUCGGUGUCGCUUAUCAGCUCGGUAACCUUGCGUCGUCGGCCUCGUCGACCAUCGAGACCACCAUGGGCGAGCAUUUCCCGAUCGACGGCCAGGACCCUUCGGAGGUGUUUGACUACGCUACCGUGAUGGUCAUUUUCGUCGGAGCUGUGUUCGCAUACGUGUUUUUGAUCACCCUGGUCGGUCCGGAGAACAAGAUGGUGUCGCUCACACAUAACAUCGAGGAGGAGGAGCAGGAUGUUGCCCACGAGAACCAGGUCUGAUCACGUCUGCGCGUGAACGGUAUUCGGUUAAUUUAAGAUAGCUUCUGCAUAAUCUGCGCACUGUUUGCUCAUGUGCGACGUGUCCUGGUGGCAUUGACAAAAGCUUAAUACUGUGCGUUGUAGCCAUUAUACUAGUUUAUGCUAUCGCUCAUUUGCAACCUUGAAAUGAUCGUUGCGCAACUUAUGGGCCUGUUCAAAGCUAGUCCCCAACUGGUGACAACGGAGAAGCUUACCGUCUUAUGACGGCUCAGACGCUUCAGCUGUCUGCCAAACUCAGCGGCUUUAUGGCGGACUGGGACCACGAAUGGACCUUCAGAUGCGACUGUCUGUAGAACGCCUUGCCACAGUCAGGAACAGACACGGAACUAAUGAGCCAUGCGACGUGAAACAACAAAAAUCUUUGGACCCCUGAAUCUACGUCUUUGGCUACUGCUCGCCCGUUGGCUUCCGUCUUGCACUCAAAAGCCGUCUCGACUGGGCUCUUCUUUGUAGGGAAGCACAGACAGAUAUCCAGCUUGGCUUGUUCUGGGACCCGAAGUUGGCUGUCCUGCAGAAAUCAGCACAUUUCACUUCUGGUGGACAGAGAUUGUGUCUUAUAGCCGAAGUCUAGCUGUUUAGAAAGCACUUGGUGAGCCAGCCGGAUAAUCGUCUGAAUUGUUUAUUUUUGGAUGAGUGGUGCUCGAACUAAAAAAAGUAUAUGGUGUAAUCAACCAUCGGCAGAGUACCACACUUAACUGCUGGACUCACAACUCGCGCAUGCUCUGGGCUCAACUCCGUAUAGUUGUCUGGCUGGUUGCUAAAAUAAU